AUGGCACACGAUGACGGCGAUCGGAAUGCCGCACAAAAGCUCAAAGAUCAAGAUCCUACAAGUUUUAUUGGAACGCCCGACGACUAUUUGCAGAAGAUUGUUGUGACAGCCCAGCAACCUAUGUCAGCGGUGGUCAUUCACGACGUUCUUCAAUCUGCUCUACCAGAUGUUGGAAUUACGUUGUUCCUCGCGACCAUGAAUGACAAGGACAAGGAAAUCAUCAUUUCAUCGUUCAAUGACACGACAGUUGUUGAUGAUAAGAAGACAGCUCAAAAUGCAGAUGGCAAAGAGGUCAUGAUGUUCAUGCACAAGAACCGGCCCCGGAUUCUUGUUGGGGUUCAGCGUGUUCUCUCAACGGGUCUCAACCUCCAGAGGGGGAAUCACAUUAUCCUUGCGGAGCCAUCAAAUAAUCCAUCAGAGGUCCUGCAGAUGGAGAAGCGUUGUCAUAGACUAGGCCAACAACGAAAAUGUUACGUCUACGAUCUCAUCGCCAAGAAUGUGAGGAUUGAGGAAGUGAUUAGGGAUAAGCGAGAGAUGAGAGUGUUCUUACAAACUGUUGCAGAACAGGUGGGCAUUGAGGUUGAGUAA